GCGCAUUGGUGUGAUGCGCCUUAGAAUCGCCAUCUUUGUCACAUGUCCAUUUUCUCUCUCACAUGACCUGUUGUUUGGCCCCGUGAUCAACCUCGCAAUACUUCCUGGCAAAUUCGAAUACAUCACUCAUACCACAUGGAUAUGUUAGAUCACUCGCUCGAUCCGAGCUCCCAAGACAAGCCCUCUGAAGAUUCUAAUGAAGAAGCUGUGCAGGUCCACCUUACUCAGGGAGAGGAAGGAGAGGGGGAGGCAGGUGAAGACCAGGGGACAGCUAUCAUAGGAAGUGCUGGUCAGCAGAUCACACUGGACCCUGUCCAGUACCAGUUCAGGGCAGACGGACCUCAAGGCCAGGUGACAUACAGGGUGGUGCAGGUAACAGGGGAAGAUGGACAGACGGCACAGGUUGUUACUAGUGGAGGGUUCCCUGCUGGUACACAGGUAGCACAGGCUGUAAUCCAGAGUCCGUUCAGCAAUGGCAGCAGCCCUACCCCAGAGAGUCAGCCUGGAGAGACGCGGUUUGCCUACCUGCCGGCUGUGUCAGGUGCCGGAGACACGUCACAGGCAGAGCUCACCACGGCCGCCACUCUGGGGCAGGUCACCACUGCUGGAGAUCCAUCAGGUCAGUUCUACGUGAUGAUGUCACCCCAAGAUGUGCUGCAGGGACAAAGGACAAUCGCACCAAGGACAGCAUUCGCACCCAAAAUGGAGGGGGCCAGGACAGGGCGAGAUGAGAGGCGGAGAGCCACCCAUAACGAAGUUGAGAGGCGGCGGAGAGAUAAGAUCAACAAUUGGAUAGUGACCCUGUCCAAGUUAGUACCAGACUGUGCUCAAGACCACACUAAACAAGGGCAGGUAGGUGAGCAAAGUAAAGGAGGUAUCCUGGCCAAAGCCUGCGACUACAUCAAUGAUCUGCGUACUGCUAACGAACGCAUGGCACAGACACUAAAAGAUGCAGAAAGGUUAUCCGUGGACCACGAUCUUUUACAACAACAAAUAAGUGAACUGAAACAAGAAAACGCUCUUCUACGAGCACAAAUGCAACAGCAUGGACUUCUUUCAGCAGAAUUAGCAGCAAGUGGAACAUAGUUGGUUCAACACCGCAAACUAUAAGGAAACUCAACCCAAAUAUGACAGUUUAUAUUGUUCCUAGUAUUUUUGGAGGGUGGUUUGGAGCAGUCUUUCACAUGGAUAAGGAGGCUUGAAUGUACGGCAGUCUAGUUCAUGUAGUCUUAGGUGCUAUUUGGUGUAAUAUGCAUCCAGAAUCUUUUACAGCUGAUUUGUCAUGGGUUGCUGUCAUAGCAGGGGGGUGCUAUCUAUCCCUUGUUCUACUGUUAAUGUAUUCAGAACAGACCAUAGUUAAGUAUGUGAGGGAGGACCAAGUUCUAGUAAGAAAGUUGUUUUAAUUGGGAGAACAGAACCGAGAUGUGUGUUAUUUCUUAAAUGACCCUGAUUUAUUUUCUGUUCCUUGGAAAUCCUGACACAUCAUCCUGCUUGCCAUAACUGUGAAGAUGUAUAUGCGCAAGUGGAUGUCAACAAGGCAGUGGGAUAUCUGUGGUUAGUCACUUCCAGCUGUGGCCAAAGGUUUCAACUUGAACUUUAUCAUGAGGGCCUUUCUUGCAGCUCUGUUUUUAACAAAAGAGGGCCAUUUCAAAGUGGCUGUGUGAGAAAACAAUGGUGGUUUUCUCCGAGGGAUGUAUGGGAGUUGUAGGGAGGGAUAUCCUAGGUCCAGAUGGAGCCAUCCUGUGGCAGUAUACAGCAGUGGAGAAUAAUACGUUGAAAACAAAUGCAUGAUGAUAGAUCUAGAUCUGAUCCAUGGCUGGUGUUGAUGCAAAAAGAACAAGAUGGUACUCUGAGUAUAGGUGACCAUGCUUUAUUUCACUGAAGAAUGUAGCAAUUUGGCUGUUAAUGUGUAGUUUUAAAUGAUAAUAAGAUACAAUUUAUGUCUAGAUUAAAUGUACAGGUGCCAUUGUAAGUUGUAUUGUAAAUGCUUUGAUAUGUUGCGUUGAAUAUCUGUCUUGCAUUUAUACACAAAGUUUAUUUCAAACUCCAGUUAUUAUCAGACAACAUUGGAAUAUACAGUGGGUCAGUAAAAUUUUAAUAAAUUGCAUCAAUGUGGAAUUAACCUAAAAAAUACAGAAGUCCUAAAUGAUAACACACAAAAGUAAACCUUUUUAUUGCCUGUUUUAACAUGUCUUUAUAUUCUGUGUCUUGGUUUGAAAUAAGCAAAAAUUAAACUCGCUGCUAUUAAAUAGGUUACCUGUGGUACGUGGGAGAAAAUGCAAAAAUGGCAGAAAACCUUGCAGCAUUCACUCUCCAAUGUCCUUGUAAUAAAAAAAACAGGUAUUGUACAGGUCCAAAUGCAAAUUCAUCAAUGGCAACAAAAUGUAAAGACGGCAAAAAUAAGUAAAAAGUCAACAUUUGUGUCAGGCAUAGAAACUUUUUUAAUCUCGUGAUGUAUGGUUAGUCUAGCCAUAUCAUGGUUGGAACAAUGCUUUUAGUACGAGUAAAUGUAUUUAUGUUAUCAUGA